UCGGGGCUGAAGAGGUGAGUGAGCUAUCCCUGCAGCCAGCCCUGGGAGCAAGUGGGUGGUAUGAGUGGCUGGUUACCCCCCAGCAGUUACAACCAGCUGCAAUAUGAGGAUCCUCUUGGAGCUGUCCAGGCCUAAAAAAAUAGAAGACUAGGUUUUGCUUGAUCCAUCUCUUCCCAGGCACGUGCCCAGAAGAAAUCACAAUGGCAGUGCUGGUCCCAGCUCACCAGAGGUGAAACCUAGGAAAGGGUUCAGACAGAAGCCUGUUCCUGCUGUUAAGAGUUUCACUGAGAGCGGGAGUGGGAGGGAGGCUAAGAGCCGGAGGGCUGAAGCCUGGGGUGGGGGAAUAUGGGCAGGGGAGAGCUGAAAUACGUGUAGAGUUUUCCUUGUGUUCCUCCCUGCCUGCUGCUCUUUGCUGCCUGUGAUCACAAGCUGACAGGGAUCUCCUGACUUGCGAGGUGCCUGUGUGAGAGAGACCUGCGGACGCCUCAGUUGCUCAGCACAGUGAGGCCGCGCGAGCCCCGUCGGAGCCGUGGCAGUGCCGGGACAGCGAGCCAUAAGGCAGUGACUCAGGCAGGUGGCCGGCGCCGCAGGUGUCAGGACAGGCAGGGCUGGGUACCAGGCUGGCAAUCAAUAAUGCAAAGAGGCGGUCACAUGUCCUUGCUGGCUGUCGCAGGAUUCCUCUCUCCCCCCCAGAGUCUGGUUACUUCCAGAGAUCAAGUUCCAGCCUCUCGGCUGGUGAAUUAUUAAACUCCAUCAGUGCUCCCUUUGUACCACAUCUCUGUCUUCCUGCUGUCCUUCCUUGCUGGUGACAAGCUCUUUCCAUCCAGCUGGCUGUGCGGAAGCAGAGUCGUUCACGCCAGAAUAGCACCUUGUACUCUCCUUUGCUCCUUGCUUCUCUGUGGGAGAGUGAAUAGGCUCCAGAGAUGGAUCUGUCCUACAGAUCCACCAUCUCCAUCUAUAAGAGUAUCCUGGAGCAGUUCAACCCUGCGCUGGAGAACCUGGUGUACCUGGGGAACAACUACCUGCGUGCCUUCCACGCACUAUCCAAAGCAGCUGAAGUGUAUUUUAAGGCAAUUGAGAAGAUUGGAGAGCAAGCAUUGCGGAGUUCCACCUCACAUGUGCUGGGUGAAAUUCUGAUGCAGAUGUCUGACACGCAGAGACUACUGAGCUCUGAUUUGGAAGUUGUGGCUCAGACCUUCCAUGUGGACCUGCUGCAGCACAUGGAGAAGAACAGCAAAAUGGAUGUGCAGUUUAUCAGUGAGAGUCAGAAGCAGUAUGAGCUGGAGUACCAGCGAAGAGCCACCAACCUGGAUAAGUGCAUGGCAGAGCUGUGGAGAAUGGAGAGGGCUCGUGACAAAAAUGCCCGGGAGAUGAAGGAGAACGUGAUGCGGCUGCGCUCGGAGAUGCAGGCGUUCGUCUCUGAGAGCCAGAGGGAGGCCGAGCUGGAGGAGAAACGCCGCUACCGCUUCCUGGCUGAGAAGCACCAGAUGCUCUACAACACUCUCCUCCAGUUUUACAGCAGGGCUCGGGGCAUGAUCCAGAGCAAGGCACCACGGUGGAAGGAGCAGCUGGAAGCCAGCCGUAACCCCUCAAACAGCCACCCACAGGGGCUGCUCUCAGCCUCCCACGGCCAGGGCUAUCCAUCAGGACGGCUCACACCCACCCACCUCGAGAUGCCCCAGAGACCCCUUGGGGACUUUGCUUCUUCUAUGACUGGGAGUAGAUCCAGCAUCUUCUCUCCAGACCCUCCAGAAAUGAGAAUGUCUCCUCAGCCAGAGUCUCCCAGGCGGCCACUGCGGAGGACACCAUCAGCAGCCAGUUUGCUCCCUGCGGGCCGUACGUCCCGUUCAGGUUCCUUUGGCGAGGCCAGCAGCGGCAGCGAGGGCAGGAAGAGGAGCGGCACAACAAGAGUUCAGGCCAUCGUGCCCCACACGACAGGUGCCAACCGGACCCUGCUGCGGUUUGAGCCCGGGGAUGUCAUCACGGUGCUGAUGCCAGAGGCACAGAAUGGCUGGCUCUACGGCAAGCUGGAGGGCUCAUCCACGUGUGGCUGGUUCCCUGAAGCUUAUGUCAAGCCUUUGGAGAAUACGAGGGAGAUGGAGGAGCCGGACACCAGGUCCUUCCCGCUGCGAAGCAGUCACAGUAUGGAUGACAUCCUGGACCAUCCCAGCACUCCAUCCUCCAGCAGUUACUGGCCUGCUGCUGCCCAGCCCAGCUUGCCAGACCCACCUCCCCUCUCAGUGGGCGCCAGCAGUCACCACAGUGGGGCGGCCACCCCAGUCAACUCUGGCUCCAAGAAAUCAGGAGUAUUUGACCAGCCCCCUGAACUCUUCCCACGAGGUACCAACCCCUUUGCCACGGUCAAGCUGCGCCCCACAGUCACCAACGAUCGCUCGGCACCCAUCAUCCGAUGAAACAGGGCUGUGGGCAGUGAAGAACUUCAGCAGAGAAGGAGGAGGAGAAGUGAUAAUGCUGACCUCCAGCUGGGCAGCAACAUAGUGCUACCACUCCAGGAGUGAACUCUCUUUUCCCCUCCCGUACCUCUGGGACAAUGGGACCCAUCUCACCUGGGUGCCUGGUGUGCUUUAGUCAGAAGCAGAUCUCUGCUGCCCUUUCUGGAUUGAUCCCUGCUUCCCUCCCCUUGUGUUGUUACUGUACUGGUGUGGGAGGGAGCAGUCUGGUGUUACUGGUUCUGGUGGCCUGGGAGAGGGGAUGGUGCUGGAGCUGGAGGCAGGGCUGGCUAAGAUCACCUGCAGCCAGGGCAGUGCUGUUGGGAUGUUGAAGGUGAAGCUUUGCUACCCCUGCUGUGGGCAGAGAAGGACUGUCACCAAACCGUUCCUUUGCCACCAGAAGAAUGAACCCCAAAAGAGAAAGCUACAAGAAGGCUUCCGGUGAUGUGGUCCAGCUGACAGGGUCUGGUCUCGGCCUCUUUGACAACUGCGUCCAUUUCUAGCAGCACCUGCCUCUUCUCAGCCCCAGGUGCAGCCCCUUACCUUGCUGGGCAGUGCCAGGGCAAAGCAGGGGCAGGUGACACUGUCCAGCACCACUGCCCUGUUCCUUCAUGUACUGUCCUGUGGAAAAUAGAUGGGGUUUUUAAAAUAAAAUGGAGAAUGCAU